AUGCCGAAGCGCUGCCGAUCAGCCAGCCCUACGGAUUAUGGAGUUUAUCCUUCCCGAGCCUCUCUGUCCGCCGGGUUUGUGCGCGGAAUGUAUGAGCUGCAGAAGACGGGGAGCUUCUGUGACGUUGUACUGAAGGGCAGUGAAGAAUCUUCUGUCGGUAUUCCCUGUCAUCGCAGUGUUCUCACCGUGCACAGCGAAUACUUUCGGGCGGCCUUCUCGCAGGACUGGAAGGAGUCCACUCAGCAAGUAUAUCGGCUGCGCAACAUCGACAGCCAAACACUGAACGAGUUAGUGGAGUUUGUCUACACACUGGAUAUUAGACUCAACGGCGACAACGUGGAGCGUAUCCUGAUUGCGGCGCAGUUCUUGCAGAUGGUCGCGGUAGUCCGAAUGAGUUGGGACUACGUAGAGAAGCAUCUGCAUCUGUCCAACUGCCUGUUGGUCCAUGCUCUGGCCUCCAACUACCAUAAUCCCAAUGUAUGCGACGCCGCCUUGAGCUUUAUCCGGCGAUACUUCCUGGAAUUUGUGGAGGGUCACGACUUUCUGCAGAUGGACACGCAACAGCUGAUGCAGGUGAUUGGAUCCGAUGUCUUGGACGUGGCAAGCGAGGAUCUAGUGUUCCAGGCGGUGAUGCGCUGGUGGGAAUACGAUCGUCCCGGCAGACUGGCGCACCUGCAUACGCUACUGCAGACUGUCCGUGUGCCCUUUCUGAGUGUCCAGUGCCAGCAAGACUACGCUCUGGCCCUGACCAGUACGUCGAUGGCGGUGCCGCAAAGCUCGGCUGAAGCAGUCGGGGAAUCACCCGGCGAAGAGACGAAAGACACCAUCCCACGACAGUCGUACAUGAUCCUCUGUGUGGGUGGACGUGGUAAGGACAGCCAGCGCAGCGUAGCCGCUAGGGUGGACGUCUUCAGCCCAUCGAUACCGGCAGUGUGGCGCCUGAAGAAACUGCGCGAAGAGGUCGGCAACGCCGUAGUAAUGCCUGACUCCAGUUCGCUGUUUAUGUUCAUAGCUGGCCACGUCAUGACUGUACAACGUAACAGCCACUACACGGACCUGCGUAAGGAGUGGCGCCGGCUGACCUCCAUGCGGAUAUGGCGCUAUUCGGUAGCAUAUGCCACACUGAAUGGUGGCAUUUACGCGGUCGGCGGUUAUGCUCAGGACAGCGCAUCGAUGCAACCACUGACGUCCGUGGAAGUGUACGACCCGAAUGACGAUUCUUGGAGCGUCGUCGCUUCGCUACCCGCUCGUCGGGCCUCCUUGGCAUUGGUGGCGUGUGAAGACCGACUGUAUGCGUUCGGAGGAGAAAACGGGGCGCGCGACUGCAGGACGGCUUUCUGUUAUGAUCCAUCAACAAACUCCUGGAGCAGACUGGCCAACAUGCCGACCGCGCGCAGCGAGUGCGCUGCCUGUGUGGCUCCCAGCGGAUUGAUUUACGUAGUCGGGGAUCUGGUCGAGCCACGCCAUAGCCCCGGAUGCGCUUGCGUGGACGGCAAGCUGUACGUUCUCGGUGGAUACGAUGCCAACGAGUGGAACAGCCAUUCCAGCAUCGAAGUGUACGAUGAAGACGCUGACCGCUGGGCGCUGCAUGCAUGCCGAUUGCCGCAGCCCAGAUACGGCUUUGGCUGUGUGGUGAUGAAAAUGAAGCGUGACUGA